AUGGCCAUUGCAGCGAAUCCAGUUUCUUCCUUCGCCGUAUUUUUCAUUCUCUUUUUGGUUAUCUUUGAAGUGCCAGAGAUAGACGCACAAGAUAGGGAAUGCUUGAAGGAAUACGGUGGCGAUGUUGGCUUCAGUCUCUGUGCGCCUAUGAUAUAUCCAUCGUUUUGUGUCAGACGAUGUCGUUCGGAGAAGGGAGCUAAAGGUGGAGAAUGUCGUUGGGGAGAUGAGUUUAAUGUUAAGUGCUUAUGCGACUUCUGCAGCCACAAAGCUUAUGAUCAGAUUCUAAGUACUGGUAUUUGA